AUGCCAAAGGAUUACCCAUUGUUGACUGGUUCGGAUCAUUGGAAAAGGAAGGCUCGCACAGUUUUCAAUGCUGUAGAUACCACCGGUCAGGGAUACCUCACUAAAGAGUCUUUGGAACUCACUGCCAAGCGUACUGCCCAGUACUUGGAUCUUAAUGAAGAACAAGCGGAGAAUCAUCUGAAUCUUUACCUUGAUAUUUGGAGAAAAUUCGUUAAUCGAGGUUCAGAUGACGUCAAUGCCAAAAUAUCAGAGGAUGAAUUUGUUCAGAAUCACAUGCUCACGUUUAAUGAUAACAAAAUUCGAGAAAAUUUAGCUGAUUACCUUGCCAUUGAAUUCAUUGCCAUAGAUACUGAUGGCGACGGAUAUAUUUCGCCCAGAGAGCACGCCGCUUAUUUCUACGGAAUUGGUAUUCCCACAGAGCACUCGAGGCGUAUAUUUGAUAUCAUGGAUACAAAUAAGGAUGGCCUCAUCUCCAAGGAAGAGUUCACGCAGGCUCAAAUUGAAUUUUGCCUUAGCGAAGAGGAUAGCAAUAUUUAUAAUGAAUUCCACGGUCCUCUUGUAGAUUGA